AUGUUUAAUUCUACAUAUAGAUUUUACAACCUCUUCAAAAUUUCAAAUUUGAUGGGUGAAAAGGGGACUAGUAUCAGUUGUAAUAAUAAUAAUAAUAUUUAUCAUAAUAUAGAAAACAAUAACAAUAUAAAUUUUUUAUGGAGUUUUGAAAAUAUUUUUAUUAGUAAUAAAAUUAAAAAUUAUAGUGAUAUUGUUUCAAUCAGCACAUAUUCAAAUCAUAACAAUAGCAGCUCUUUGAAUCCUAAUAACCCCAAUAUUAACAAUUAUAAUAACAAUAACCAAAUCAAAAACAAUAACGAUAUCAUCAAAAACAAUAGUAGUAUUAAUCUUUAUAACAUUACUUUAAUAAAUCAAAAUAUAAUAUUUUUUUUAUUUAUAUUUUUAAUUUUAAUAACAAUAAUAAAAUUAUUAAAAAAUAUGUUUAAUUUAAAUGUUUUUGGUUUAAAUAAUAAUAAUAAAAAUAAUAUUUAUCAUAAUAAUAAUAAUAAUAUUAGUAAUAGUAUUAAUAGUAAUAAUCAAAUGAAUUUAAUAAUAAAUAAUUUAAAUAGUUCAUCUUUAUUAUCACAAUCAAUUAACAUUAAUAAUAAUACACCAAUUUUACCAUCACUAAACAACUAUAAUGGAAAUGAGGGAUAUUUAAUUUCAAGAGUCAAGGAUAAUAUUAAAAAUUUAUCAAACGAUAAAAUUGGUUGCGGAUUAAAUUCAAUUGUUUCAGGAAAUGGUAUUUCAGGGGAAAUAGGUGAUGUAGGUGAUGAUUUUUCGUUUCAAGUAACAUCUUUUCAUAAAAAUGGUUUAAGAAAAAAACAAGGUGGUGAUGUUAUAUCAGUAUUUAUUCAAGGUUGCGAUUACAACAAUAUGGAUGAACAAGUAAAAGUGCGUAUUGUAGACCGAUUAAAUGGAUGUCAUUUGGUUUAUUAUAAUGUUUCAAAAAGCGGUAGCUAUUUAAUUUCAGUCUUCGUAAAUCAAGUUCCUGUAGUCAAUAGCCCAUUUAAGGUUUCAAUUUUACCAAUCCCAUAUUCAGUACAUAUUAAAAAUGAAUCAUUCAAUUUUAUAAAUAAAUAUUUAAGUAAUAGCAAUAGCGACAAUAUAAAUAGCAAAGACGAGUUAAAUAUAAAUAAUAAAAGUAAUAUAGAUAAUAAUAGUAAUAAUUAUAACAAUAGCGGUGUAUUAGAGGUUGGUAAACAAAUUGUUUGCGAAGUAUCACCAACCAGAGUUGCAUCUCAUUUGAUAAACGAUAAAGUAGAUUUUCAAAUUUUUAUAAAAGAAAAUGGAAUUUUAAAAAGAACAAAUAUUAAUAUACAGUCCGAAAUUAUUACAAGCAAUAAUUCAUAUCAGUCUCACACCAGCAAUGGGAGUAGUUUACAGGAUUUUGAAUCAACAAUUCUAUGCAAGUUUAAAUUACUAAAAAGCGGUGAUUAUAUAUUGGAAGGUUCAAUUGCAGGUAUUCAAGUAUUUAGCAAAAAUCUAACCGUAAGCCCAGGACCAGUUUCGAAUAAAUUUACGCACUUGUUUUGGGAUGGUAAAGAAUUAAUAUCUGAAAAUAAACUAUUUAUCUUAAAAGAAAAUGACCCAGAAAAUGAACUACCCGAAUUUAAGUUUUUAAUUGAAUCCAAAGACUCCUAUGGUAAUAAAACAACACCAAAUCUAAACGAUUUCAAAUAUUAUUUAAAAAAAUCAUUAUCACCAUUAAUAUUAAAAAAUAAUAAUAGUAAUAAUGCCAAUAAUAAUAUUAAAAAACCAAACAAUAAUAGUGAAGAGUCAUCUAAUAUUCCCGAAGAAUCAUCAUCAAACUCACCACAAACCAUUAGAAGAUUUAAUAAAAAAAAUAUAGAUAGUAUAAAAUUAAAGCACAAGCAAAUUAAAAGCCAACAGUUACAAAAGCAGCUCGAACAAACACAACAACCACCAAACGAUCCACAACAUCAAAAUUAUAAUAUAAACAAUGAUAAAGAUUUAAUUGAAAUUUUUCCACAAACUAGUAUAUCAAAUGAUGGUAAAAUAGUUGUUAAAUUUAAUGAUCUUAAUGAAGUUGGAUGGUAUUACUUUUGUGUAAAGGUAAAUGAUGAACCAAUUACAAACUGUCCAUUUGUUUUAGCAACCAUUAAAGAAAAAGACUUUCAAGCAUUAUCAAAUUAUUAUAUUAACUUUAAAGCAAGUUUUAAUUGCCAAUUAGAAAGAAAUGGAAAGCCAAUUAAUGUUUCAUUAGUUUUAACUCAAAAUAAAAUAGAAAUAUUUGAAAACUAUUAUUUUAUGAAUAUCAAAUUAUAUGAAUUUAUAAUAAACCCAACAGUACAAAUUUUAUUAUCAAAUAAUGAGAAUGAAUUAAUUAUUCAAGAUAAUAAAUCUGUUGUUUAUUUAAAAAGUUCAAUAAUAGAUCAAGUUUUUUUAAUUCUUUUAACAAGUUAUUAUUUCUUUGGUUAUCAGUGUGAACCCAAUUUUGACUCAAAAGUUAAAUGGCUCAAAAAUACCCUUUCAAAGAUUCAAAAGAAAAUGAUCACUCUUAAAAUAAACAUUUCAACAAGAAAACAAAUAUUAAAAGAAUCUAUUCAAAUUCUUGGUCAAAUUGAUCCAUCGGAUUUGAAUAUGUCAAGAUUAUUUGUUAAAUUUCACGAUGAAGAGGGUAUUGACAUUGGUGGCAUAUCAAAAGAAUGGUUUUCAAAUUUCUCUGAAGAAUUAGCACGUACUCCAAUCAAUGGUUAUUAUUUAUUCAGCGAAUAUGAAGGCACAAGAAAGUUCCAUCCAUCACCAUUUUCAAAUUUAAUACCAGAUUACAAAUCAAUUUUUAGAGUUUUAGGUAGAAUUACUGGUAAAUCUAUUAUUGAUAGUGUAACUAAAGCGGAUAGACACUUUUCUUUAAGAUUUACACCAGUAUUUUAUAAAUUAAUUUUAGGUGAAAAACUAUCAAUAGACGACUUGGAACUAAUAGACCCAGAUUUAUACAAUAACAAGGUUAAAUUAAUUUUAAAUACCCCAAUGGAUCAAGUAAAUGAAAUAUUAGGCGAACCUUUAACAUUCAUUAGAGAAAUUUAUAACCAAAAUGAAUUUAAUAAUAUUUCAAAUAAAUUCAAAAACAAUAAUAAUAAUAAUAUUCAUACAAUUCAAUUAAUGAAAACCAUAAAUUUAAAACCAUUUGGCAAUUUAAUUAGUGUAAAUGAUGAAAAUAAAGUAGAAUAUUUAGAAUUAUGGGUAAAUAGUUUAUUAUAUUCAAGUAUUAAAAGUCAAGUAGAUGAAUUUAGAGAAGGUUUAUUUCAAAUGAUUCCACAAUCCAUUCUCUCAGUUUUAAAUUGGAAAGAGUUGGAGAUGCUAAUUUGUGGUAGAGAACAAAUUAAUUUGGACGAUUUAAAAGAACACUCAUCAUUUACAGGUUUCUAUACACAAUCAUUUAUCAAUGAUUUCUGGUCAAUAGUCAAUGAAUUUAACGAAGAGGAAAAGAAGUCUUUAAUCAAAUUUGUAACUGGCUCUUCCUCUGUUCCAUUGGGUGGUUUCUAUCAAUUGUGCCCACACUUCACCAUCAACCUUACACCACCUAUCGAUAAUGGUACCAAUAGACUACCAAUCUCUCAUACUUGUUUCAACAGAUUAGAUAUUCCAUUAAAUUGUUUAUCUUCAAAAAAUUUAAAAUUGGCAAUAAAUGAAGGUGGUGAUGGUUUUUCUUUGGUCUAAAUUCUAAAAAUAAUAAAAUUUUUAUUUAUAAUAUUUUUAUAAUUACGUUUUACAGUUUAACC